GCAAAGGCCUCUCUGGUGGGUCACCUGGGAUUCUGGUUUCCUUCCUAAACAGUCCAGGAGUCUCACCAUGGCUAUGAAUGGCUCCAGCAGCCUGGCCUGGAGCCUCCUCUUGGCAGACACACAUGUGCUGCAGAGGCAGGUACACACGUGCACAGGAGAAAGGUGACUAACUCUGUCUCUUCUCUCAACAGAGCUGCGAAGCUGGGCUGAGCUGCCAUGUGGAGCUGUGGUCCAGUCAACAGCACAGCGUGGGGUGAGGAGCCGCUGUGCCGGAACCUGCGCCUGGGGCUGUGGGUCCUCUCGCUGCUCUACCUGGGGGCAGGUGUCCCUGUGGGCUUAGGCUACAAUGCUCUUCUGGUGCUGGCCAACCUGGCCAGCAAGAACACCAUGACCAUGCCUGAUGUGUACUUUGUGAACAUGGCCGUGGCAGGGCUGGUGCUCACGGCACUGGCGCCUGCGUACCUGCUGGGCCCUGCCCACUCCAGGUGGGCCCUGUGGAGCCUCAGCAGUGAGGCCCACGUGACACUGCUCAUCCUGUUCAACGUGGCUUCCCUGGUGACCAUGUACUCCACUGCACUGCUGAGCCUUGACUACUACAUUGAGCGAGCCCUGCCACGCACCUACAUGGCCAGUGUGUACAACACCCGGCACGUGUGCGGCUUCGUCUGGGGCGGCGCCGUGCUUACCAGCUUUUCCUCCUUGCUGUUCUACAUCUGCAGUCACGUGUCUUCUAGGCUCGCUGAGUGUGCGCGGAUGCAGAACACGGAGGCAGCGGAUGCCAUCCUCGUGCUCAUUGGCUAUGUGGUGCCAGGCCUGGCUGUGCUGUAUGCCCUGGCACUCAUCUUGAGGAUAGGGAAGGAAGAAACGCCCCUGGACCAGGACACCAGCAGGCUGGACCCCUCGGUGCAUAGGCUGCUGGUAGCCACCGUGUGCACACAGUUUGGCCUCUGGACACCUUACUACCUGAGCCUGGGGCACACGGUGCUGACGUCACGGGGGAGGACCAUGGAGGGGCAUUAUCUGGGCAUCCUACAGGUUGCUAAGGACCUGGCCAAAUUCUUGGCCUUCUCAAGCAGUUCCGUGACACCGCUGCUCUACCGUUACAUCAACAAAGCCUUCCCCAGCAAGCUCCGGCGGCUGGUGAGGAAGGUGCACUGUGGGCGCCGCCACUGCUCCCCCGACCCCGCGGGGAUACAGCAGGUGCAGAGCUCGGAGGCUCACGGCUGCCAGGCUUCCCGUCCUGCUGGCCACAUGGAAUACCUUAAUGUUGCUGAGGAAACAGGAACCCUCACCAUGAAGGUUCUAGCUCGGCCUGGCCUGCAGGCCGACUGUAGUUCUCCUAUGGGUGAGAGCAAGUCCAGGAACUAAGGUCACGGCAAGCAACAGGCAGCCUAAGCUCUGUGCGCCACAGAGGAAACAGGCUUCAGGGGGCAGGGCUGUUUAUGAUGUCAGGGUCCCAGUUUAACAGUCUCUGCCCUAAGGACUAUUUUACACCCUUUGCUCCAGGCAGAGGUCCAGGGGAGGGACAGACCCCAGGUGUGUAUGGGGGGGGGGUUUCUAUGCCCUGGAAUCAUCCACCCCAGUCACCCCAAGCAAGGUGGGGAGAGGCCCAAAUCGUGUUCCUUUGUUGCAGUUUCUCAGUGGCCUUAGGUACAAACUGGCCAGGUUCGAGGGGACCCUUGAGGGACUGGAAGCCAGGACCAGGACCAUGUAACUGGCAUCAACUGUAUAGCCACUUGUCCUGCAGGGAUAAUUCAGUAGAGUCCCAGAUGCCUACUGGGUCUCUCUGGUGGAGCCACACACGGCCAGGGUAGUGGCCAUCUGCAGAGCUGACCCUUUCGCUGUAGAGACCUCUGGAACGAUGCACCCUCCCACCUGGGGCCCCAUUCCCACCACCUGCCUCCCUCUUGCCCCAGCUUUCCAUCACAACCACCCCAGCUCACCAGUCACUGGUGCUGGGACAGCUGCUGUCUCUGAUCCUGUGCUAAGGUCAUCAUGUGUCUCCAGUGUCUGCUUCCCAGUCCUGCCCUGCACCUUGCAAUCUCCCAAAGUAGGAAAGAACCUAAACAACACAGGAAGAGGUUACUGCAAUGGGGUGUGUGUGUGUAUGUGUAUACGCGUGCCACUCGGUGACACUUUCUUGCAUGAGUUUAAGACUCCAGGCAAGACACACACUUCCUAAGGCGUGUUAAUUUGGCUGUUGACACUUUGUGAUGGUUUUAAUUUACAAUGAAUGCUCGUAUUUUCAUUAACUCAUAAGAAAGCUUGCUGUGUGUCAUUAUUCAGGAUUCCAGAAAGUGACCUUCUUCUUGGGUUUCCUUCACAAUGCCACAUGACAUGACAUAGGAAACCAGGCCCACUGCUCACUGGGGCAGUUAUACCCAGGAACCAACAGACACCUGUUCUGUCAGAGAAAGCAUUCAGUGAAGGUCAGACCAGAGCGAACUUAUGACGCUAGACUGUGUCGGUUCUUGGCUCUAAGCCUGUGGGAAGAUGUGGGUAUUCUCACUCCUUUCCUGUGGGAUCCGCCCCAGUGGCUGGAUCCAUUUGCUGAAAUUCUGUGAAUGUGAAAAAGAAACUACUGAUGAGAUUCACACUUCUGAAGACUAUUAAAUUAUUUAACACUCAUCA